AUGGAACCACCCCAACCCUGGUUGGCGUCCUUCGCCAUUACCCGACUAACAGACCUUCUGAUCCACGAUGAAGAGGACCACAAGUGUGAUUUCAAAAUCAAAUAUCUGGGAGGGUCUUAUGACUGUAGUCCAUUGGAUAUCCUUCAAACCCCUCCACUUGCAGCUUAUGGCUAUAUUACAGACGUAACCCAGACUUCUUCGCAAGGAAACACACGCGUGGGGGGAAUCAUCUCUGACGGCCAGCAUACUACAAAGGUCAAGUUCCGGAAAUCUGCCCGUAAUGCGCUGCUACUUCCAGACAAAGGAAACGAGCACACCCUGAGUUCAGUUGGACUAGUCAAGCUGUCCGGUCUAGGUCUACGAGUCACCACCGACCCGCCUGAGCUGGUACUCAUCGUUGACUCUAUCGAGACUGUGCCUUCCGGAGAGUCUGUGGGCAAGGUUGACAAAGUCACGGAAUCGCUUAGGAAAAGACUUUGUAAAGACCACCAGAUAAAGUCAUUACUCACAAGAUGUGUCGAUCAUCUUGAGAUCAGGCAACAAGGAUACCAACGCCAGAGUCAUACUCCAAAAUCCAUUGUAUCCCAGCCACCGCUGAGCCCCGGUCGUCAUGAUGUUUGGAAGAAUGGAACAGACCUACAGACCUCAUCCCUGAACGAGCCGUUUGUUACUCAGCUCCCUCAAAUAAUUGAGAAGAGCCCAUCAAUCAGCCCAAGGAAAAAUUUGGACGACGAACCAGCUCUGCCGACUCCAGGUCUUCAAGACACUGGAUUGAAACGGAGAAAGUUGCUCAAAGCCACCCGUGAGCCAGCUAUCGAACAACACGAACCCGCAAAUACAAUUACAACCACAGCCACAACCACCAACACCCUGCCAACAUCGAAUUGUUCUACUCGGCCAGCCACCAGAGCGAUCGAUCCACCACUGAAAGUGGAGAGCAAGGAUAAGCAAGUGCCAUUUGAGAAACAAAGUGCACAAGAGAACGCUGGUUUCCGACAAUGGCGACAAGAAUCGAGGAAGAACAAACGUCUGCCUCGAUAUAUUGAGAAAAUCCCCAAAGCCCAACUGGAGCUACUAGAGUCAGACGAUGCUUGGCAACCUCCACUCGUGGGCCGAAGAUCAAGACCUGGAGAUGUACCCCUUACCUUGCUGGGAAUACUGUCCAAAGCUGCAGAUGCUCCAUCAGAACUCCCAGCUGAACAUGUCGACCCAUCAAAUCCAAGCCAGCCAUUGGAACAAAGUGAACCCACAUUGCCCACUCAACACGAGCUCGAUAAUGGCGACCCACUCUCGCCUAACGAAUCUGAUAGCAGUUCUGUUAUUGAAUGGGCAUCUAGUCCCCCAGCUCAUCGACGCAGUCUCUACCUCCCUCCAGAUAGUGACCCUCUGGCGAUGCCUGAUAUCGAUGCACAGUCUAUCCACAAAAGUCAGAACAAUGGCGCAGCCCCGACCGUCAAAGUGCACGCAAGUGAAAUGCCUGUACUGGAAUUGGUUCCGAAACGUGGCUUGGAUAACACCAAUGAAGCGAGUCACAUACAGGACCCUUCAGCAUGUCCUCCGUCUUGGGACAUAUCUCUUUCGUCCGCCGAGUCAGGUCUGAAGUCUUCGCAAGGUCCAGAACCGAGUCCACGGGAUCGCGGACAAGAACAAACGUCCAUGAAAUCUGAACAGACAAAACUGGCGCUGCAAGUGCCUAAUAGCUCUGUCGAACUCCUGCUACCCCGAACUCAAGUUGCACGAACUGUGCAGAUCGGGCGUACACCUUACGUGGAGAAGUUCACUACUCCACAAGCAGCCAACAAACUGACCGCGAGUCAAGCCCAGACGACAGGCAUCAUUCUUGCCCACCCCACAUCCUCUGAUGUUAUGCCGGGUACUUUCAGUGAGUCGGCGUUGCAAAAGCACGCACAACCAAGCCGUCCCUCGCCACCUCAAGAGUCCAAAAUGGUUUCCUCCCCUUCUUCAAGAAGGGGUCUGCAAGACCCACUCUCUGAGAAGCCCGAAGGGAAACCUCAGGGAUCUCAACUGGGACGAAGUCCGGUGCUCGUUCAGGCAACCGCAUCGAAUGUUGAUGCUCAUGAGCGGGGGAUUUCUCGACCUCCGACCAAAGGCUCGCCAGGUCAUCAUACACCAGAUCCUGCGACACGGUCACGUGGCCAACUCUGGGAUAUGACCGCCCUUGGAGAUUCGUCGUCAAAAGAGGCAACUUCUCCUGCAGACAAAGCCCUUCAAGGGAAGGAACCGCCCGGCAUGGAGUCUCAUCAGAAGUCGCACGGUUGCAUUCCGACAGCGAAGCGAUUCAUUUCUAAUAGCGACGGUAACACCCCGAAUAAACGACGCCGAUUACAGUCAGGGAUGGGGACGAACGAUCAACUACGCGAUCCUGCCUAUGAUCCCAUAGUUCAAGACAUCCAAAUGCAUCGGCGUGAACACUUCCAAAGAUUUCGGAAGUUGAGCACUCAUAACCCACCGUCGACAUCUUCCUCUUCGUCAGCGAACGGAGAUAGCGACGUGGCCAUGCCAACACCACCUCGACCUGGGAAGACAAAAGGUGCUGUCGUAGAGGACGGUUUCCGGGCCCAUACUUCGACACCUUUGACAGGACUAUCAGACUCAGACGAGAUCAUCAAGGACCCAAAGAUCAGCCAGGAACACAGCGUCCCAAAUACCAAUGCAAAGCCGACACAAAUAACACUAGAAUCUCUAUCUAGGAAAUUUGCAGGACUUUACACUGACUAUAAGGGACACUUGACUGAUUUCAAGGCUGCCACGAAACUCCUCAAGAAAAUGGUGGACAAUGAAACCGCACCCCAUCCUUUCCUGUUCGAUGAUGCGGUCUUCCAUCAUUUUCAUAGUUAUCGCCAAUUUCUGCUAGAAGACGUCUUCAACGGAGAGGAGCCGAUGACAUAUGACAAAUUUUACAGGACCCGUGUCAAUAUCCCCACCCAUUUACAGUGUGUUAUUACUGUCGACAUCCUUAAAUCUCUAUUGUGGGUGGAUGACACUUACCCCCACACUGUCCAUACACCACACCUGCAGCCAACAGAUAGCUUGAUGGUGAAACACCAAGGGCUUUAUGACCAUGAACUAGCACAACAAGGAAAGGGAAAAGAGUGGGCAGCAUCACCCAAAAUCCGCCCAACUCCCAGUGUCUCAGCAAGGCAAAUGCCAUUGCAUAAUACCGGGCCCAUAGCACAUGCUGGUGCAUUAGCAGACUACCAAUCGCUUCAGUCAGGGUCGAGAGGCGGGUCUCCAGAGCUGGGUACGCCUGAAAUCGAUCGCAGUCGAUCCCCAAGGCUACCUUCUUUCAGUUCUGAUCGAGGUCAGUUGGAAAGACCUCAUAUGGGCGUGUCAGCAAUUCGACAUUCCACGACACGGGCGACGAUUUCAGACAGACAAUCACCCGGCUUGCCCCGUUUCGCGACAUCUAACAAGAGCGUCUCAACAACGAAGCAAAUGAGAGAUGAGCGUAGCGCAGCAAUAGCUAAGCAAGGUAGGGUCUCAACUUCACCGGGUGACCAGAUACGAACGAGCUUGGUACGUAUUGAUUGUGCCGACUCUUCCAUCAGUCCUUGCAUUCAGCCUGCUAGCGACGAACGUUCCCUUGAUGACCGGCCACGAUUGCCCGGACCGGUUGGCGAUGCCAAGUCUUCCCUGGGCUCUUCCAUCAAGCCUAGCAGUGACGAACGUGCUUUGAGUGGCAAAUCGCGAUCGAGCUUCAAAGCCGUUGAUGAUGGUGACGGGUUUUCCAUCAGUCCCUCUGUUAGACCUGCCAGAGAUAGCUUUGCCUUGGCAAGCAAACCGCGGUCGAGCAUAGAACAGCAUUAUCCUGCUAAAUCGGCUAUCAGUCCUUCCAUGAAGCGUCCCGGAGAUGACCGUCCCUUAGCUGACAAGCCUCGACCGAGCAUAGAACGGUAUGAUCAGGGCAAUGCUUUCAGCAGCGCUUCCAUCAAGCCGGACAGGGAUGUCACUCGAAGAAGGUCAUCGGGGUUCAAAAGGUUGUCGGACAAAAGGAUUGCGGAUUUCCCGCGAUAUGUGGUCGAUGAGGUUGACGAGUGGUGGAAGGAUCCAGACACCACAGUCAAAAGAUUUGCGAAGCAACACUCAGCCUUACCAUCUGAAAAAAGGCUUUUGGCAGCUGGGGUACGUCGAAAUAUCAACGUUUUUGAGUGGAGACCAUGA